AUGGAAGACUGGACUCCAAGCUCUUGGACUACGAAACCCAUCAAGCAAGAUGUUGUCUAUGAUGAUAGGGAAAGAGUACAAGCCGCUCUGAGCAAGCUCCAGAAACUGCCUCCGCUUGUCACAACACAAGAGAUUGCGAACCUGAAAAAGAGCUUGCGAAAUGUUGCCUUGGGCAAAGCUUUUGUUCUACAAGGAGGGGACUGCGCUGAGCUGUUUGAUUACUGUAAUCAGGAUAUGAUAGAAGCGAAACUCAAACUGCUUCUGCAGAUGAGUUUGAUUUUGAUUUGGGGCGCAAACAAACCUGUAGUGCGAAUCGCACGUAUAGCCGGGCAAUUUGCCAAGCCCCGGUCAAGCCCUAUGGAGGUGGUCAACGGCGUUGAGAUGCCCUCGUUCCGCGGUGACAACAUCAAUGGCUUCGCUGCCACCGCAGAAUCUCGCAGGCCAGACCCAUCUCGGCUUGUUUCCGCGUACUUCCACUCCGCUGCCACGCUCAACUACAUGCGCGCCUCACUCUCGUCUGGUCUCGCGGAUCUCCAUUCCCCACUGGACUGGGGACUCGGUCACGUCAUUGAGCCCUCGAUCAAGGAGAAGUAUGAGCGCAUCGUCAGCCGAGUCAAGGACGCCCUGCGUUUCAUGCACACCGUCGGAAUCGACACAGACCGAGGCGUCGAGACCGUCGACGUCUUCACCAGCCACGAGGGUCUCCUCCUCGAAUACGAGCAGAGUCUCACCCGCCUCCUCCGCAACCCACUUACCACGACUCCACAACCCACAGCAAGCUACUACGCCACCUCAGCACACUUCCUCUGGAUCGGCGACCGCACGCGCCAACUCGACGGCGCCCACGUCGAAUUCUUCCGCGGCAUCGCCAACCCCAUCGGCAUCAAGAUCGGCCCCAGCAUGACCCCCGACGAGCUCGUCCGCCUCCUCGACGUCGUCAACCCCAACCGCGAAAUCGGCAAGGUAACCCUGAUCUCCCGCUAUGGCGCCAGCAAGAUCAGCCAGCACCUUCCCGCCCACAUCGCCGCCGUCCAACGCGCCGGCCACCUCCCCGUCUGGCAAUGCGACCCCAUGCACGGCAACACGCAGACUACCCCUUCGGGCGUGAAAACACGACACUUCAGCGACAUCCUCUCCGAGCUGCGGCAGGCGCUCGAGAUCCACCGCGCCGCGCAGUCCUUCCUCGGCGGCAUGCACCUCGAGCUCACCGGCGAGGCCGUCACGGAGUGUGUCGGCGGCGCGGGCGGGCUGACCGAGGAGGGGCUGAGCGAGCGGUACACGACGUUCUGUGACCCCCGCCUGAACGAGAAGCAGGCGUUGGAGCUUGCCUUUUUGGUCGCCGGCUUCUACCGCGACAUGGAUGAUGUGGAGAGGAUGAACUCGAUCUAA